AAACCCUUUUGGUUUUUUAUGACGUAGACUCGUAGAGUUUGUCUUGAGGAGUAGUGUGUAUUGUUUGUUUGUAUACACAGCAAGCUCUGUGUGCUUUGUUAUCUUCUCCUCCUCAGAUUAAUUAUCACUUCAUUUUCACCAUUACCAAACAAAAACACGAACACAAAUCAUACGCAGAAGAGAGACGGGGUGUUAUGUUAUGGAUUCUCAUCGAUCUCCGACUUCAGUUCCUAAAGUUUUCAGCUAUGUUCGUCGGAAUUGCGCCGGGGUCCGGUCGGAUAACCAGUUUUCCGGCAACUCCGUCAAGUUCCAGCCUUCUAGCUUCUGAAAAUCUCUGGUCAAACCUUGCAGGAGUUGAUAUCAAGGUUUCAAUCUCCUCGUCUGCUUCGGUUGUUUUAUUUUCCUUUCUGGUUCUUUUGUUUGGUUGCUCAGAAAAUGAUGACUUUUGUUUUUGGGGUAGCUUAGAAGCUCAAAUUGAACUGUUUUUUGCUGCAUAUAUGAAUGUUCCUUUCUGGGUGUUGUUUGGUAACUGAGAAACUUCAAAACCCACCUUUUUUUUUUUUUUUACUCUGGUUCUCUUUAAUCAAGCUCUCAUCUGGGUUUCCUUAGAUCGCAGUAACUUUUGUGGGGAAAGGGUUGAAAAGUUUCAAAGGGCAGAGCUUUUAGAUUUUAUGGAUACCAAGAAAAUGAAGGAAAAGAUUAUAAAUUACUUGUUUGUUUCCAGUUUUAGAAGAGUCUUUAUUUUACCUACUAAUUUUUUUUUUUUAAGUUUCCUUUUUCAAUUCAAGAGCCAGAUUUAUACGAAAGAUUAGAUAAGAAUACGGAUUUUCUCAUUAAAUGUUUUAGAGAAAAUUCUAAAUUCCAUGGUGGAAGUCCAUGGUGGAAUUCCAUGCAAGCCUGAAUAUUCCCUGAAAUGUCCUUCCCAUUCCUUUUUUUUUGUACCAUUUAUUUUCGUAUAAAAUUACGAGAUUCUUUCACCUUUCCGAGUCAGAUCAUGUCUCUUUUCAGUCACAAUACUAGCACCCAGUUCAACUUGCUCAACUUGUUCAACCUUCUGUCCUUUCUCUGAGAAGAACGUUAAAUAAAAUUGAAAAAAAAAAUAAAUUCCAAAACCUGACAUGUAUGUCAAGUAAUUUCUUCCCUUAAGUGAUGUUUAGUUGUUUUAUUAAUGGUCGACAUUGUCCAGAGUUUUUGAGUCUACAAACACAAUUGGGUUGCCUGGAGAAGUUGAAUAGGUAAUGGAGCAGUUAUCCUCCAUGUUCAGCGGGCUGGCGCGGUCGCUAUCAUUGAAGAAGGGGAAGAACAAUGAUGAGAAGUCCGGUGCAAGAGGAGCUGCAGAAGCAAUGGCGAAGGAGGCGAAGAAGAAUGACAUGAUCCUACGCUCUUCUGGGAUUGUCUAUGUCGAUGGUUCAAAUAAUUUUGCUUCUGUUUUCUCGAAAAGAGGCGAGAAAGGAGUCAACCAGGAUUGCUGCUUUGUGUGGGAGGGAUUUGGGUUCCAAGAAGAUAUGAUGUUUUGUGGGAUUUUCGACGGGCAUGGUCCAUGGGGACAUUUUGUGGCAAAACAGAUCAGAGAAACAAUGCCACCCUCUCUGUUGUGCAGUUGGCAAGAGACCCUAGCUCAAACUUCUAUUGUCCCGGAUCCAGAUUUGGAUAAAAAGUGUCACCGAUUUAAUGUAUGGAAGGAUUCCUAUAUCAAAACUUGCGCUGCCAUUGAUCACGAGCUUGGACAGCAUCGUAGAAUCGAUUCCUUUUACAGCGGAACAACUGCCCUGAGUAUUGUCAGACAGGGCGAGCUCAUUUUCAUAGCAAAUGUUGGCGAUUCUCGCGCUGUUUUGGCCACAACUUUAGAUGACGGAAGCUUGGUGCCGGUUCAGCUUACUGUCGAUUUCAAGCCUAGUUUGCCUCAGGAGGCGGAGAGAAUAAUUCAAAGCAAUGGACGCGUUUUCUGUUUAGAUGAUGAGCCGGGAGUGCAAAGGGUGUGGCAGCCGGACGGAGAGACACCAGGACUAGCAAUGUCUAGAGCCUUUGGAGAUUACUGUGUGAAGGACUUUGGUCUCAUUUCUGUGCCUGAAGUGUCACAGAGAAAUAUAACAAGCAGGGAUCAGUUUGUUGUGUUGGCGACUGAUGGGGUUUGGGAUGUUGUUUCAAAUCAAGAAGCCGUACAGAUUGUAAGCUCCACUGCAGAGCGGGGGAAGGCUGCGAAGCGUCUGGUGGAGUUCGCUGCGCGUGCAUGGAAGCGCAAGAGGAGGGGAAUCGCGAUGGACGACAUUUCUGCUAUUUGCCUCUUCUUUCACUCCACUUCCCCUCUGGCUGAAUCCCAGCAAGUUCACCCAUUUAGUAUUGCCACCCCAAAAUAGCAAAUGCAGAAAAUCUUUGUUCCUUCUCCUUGUUUAUCUUAUAUCUUUGUAAUUUUUAUUAGACUUUUAUUUAGGAAAUUGCGCAAGCAAGCUAAGGAUGUUGGUUCGAGUUUCAAUCCAACUGUUAGGUGUUUCCGUCACCUUGUUCCUAAAUCAAGUCUUGAGAUACAAGCAAGCACAUUUAGAGUC